AUGGCAACCAAAAACCUGAUAACUAUGCCCUUGACCCCGUUGCAAAACGGUGAUGAUGUCGUGGAGCUCGUCCAACUCUCCUCGGCCAUCACCAAAUCCGUCGAGCAAAUUCGCGCCAGUGCGCAAGACUUCGACUCGGACCAUUGGGUUCGAGGAUGGGAAAAGGUUUUAGAGCGUCACCUCAUCAAUUCCGUUCGAAAAAACCACGCGAAAUCUGCGGCUACCAAACAGAUCCUAGUGGCGGCGGUCAACCAGUCCGUCAGAGCGAUGGAUUCGGGCAUGAGUGGGCCGGACGCUCUGCAACUGCUGCUGCGGGCCGUCUGCAGCGGGCUGAGCACGGUGACGCCGGCGCUGGUACUGCAACAGCUACAGAACUUUGCGGUUCCGGCUGGCACGACCUUCAAAGCGUAUCUUGAAGACCUGAAGGUGUUAGUCGAAAGUGUUCAGAUGGUUGGCUUUGCAGAAGAUGGUACACUGCAAGUCGCCGUGAAGGCAGGUGUCACCGAUCAGUAUGCUACGUUGACCGCACCAGUGUUUCAUGGUAGGAACACGCAGGCCUUACCCUAUGACUCGCUGGAGAGUCUCAUGGAGGCUCUGGAUGAUAUGACCGACAAUACUACUACUGCAACGGCUUCCGUGCGUUUGCGAGGAGUAGGGUCCGUCCUGCCACGAGGGCAAGCUGACAUGUCGGUUAGCUCCCGAGGUAGAUACGGUGGUGGUGGUUCAUUUUCUGGGGCCAAAAGCGGUUCCCUGACCCCGCAAGGUAGUGCGGGUGCGCGUGCGGUCAUGACAGUGGCCCAGUAUGACGACGAGUCGCGGGAAUUCUGGCAGGUUAGUCAGGUGUCGCGCGGGAACAAGGGGUUUGGGCGCAACGAUGAUGACCCACCCUUCUACGUGCAGUUUACUAAUAAUAAAGAACGGGACCGAGCUCGGCGAGAGUUCGGCCCAAAGUGUCUUAAUUGUGGUGUGGAAGAACCGUUCCACUUGGCGAGAGAAUGCCCUGACAAACUCAUGAAUGUGUCGGGCUUGAUCCAUCCCGACAUUGCCGUUGGUGACCCCGAGACGGUGGAAAAAAAUUGGCGCCGUUGGCAACAGAGGUUGUGCUCGUGGGCGGAUACCCAACGGAAGAAAAGAUUCAACCGUGGGAACCGUAGCAGCGGGUGACAUGUCAACAACGACCCGGCCCACUUGUUGAUAGCAGAGCGGCCAAAAACGCACAUUAUGUCCCAAGACGUGCGUGUUGCUUUGGGAAACAGAAAGUUUGGAGUAAACAAAGAACCUCCAACGACCGAAAAGAUAGAAAAUGAGAGAUCCGUGUUGCACGCCACGAAUCUUGAGACAAGCGGUAACAACGGUGUUGAUGUCGCGGACCUCGAGCACCGAGAGAAAGGACGUAAUUACCCCUUUCCAAUGUCUGGAGUGCCCACAAAAACACCAAAGUGCACAACUCCUAGUUCCGAUGUGACAACUGUUGAAGUUCCACAUUCUGUUCAGGAAGUUGGCCGUCCGAAUGGUGACAAUCGUCGGAAUAGGCCC